CUAAACUGUCAUUCUUCAAUUCUGUUCAUCAAACGCACAUGAAAGCUAGUCUCGCCCUCUCCACCGCGCUCGCAACCACUGCGUGUGCCGCCCGACAAUCUUUCAAAUCCCUCAGCUCAUCCGAUCAAACCUCGUUGGAGCAACAGCUGGACGAAUGGAAGGCGUUGUACGGCCCCAUUGCCCGAGCCAACGGCUUCUUCCCCCGAACCAACAGGGAAUCCGCCCAAGUCAAUGGUCAUUCUAUCGAUGAACUCGAGCGCUUCCACCAUACCGUCCAAGACGUGGAGCUCGCUACCGCUACCAAUCCGGAGGCCGAGUUCAGUCCGUUCAACCAGUUUGCUCUCUUGACCGACGACGAGUUCAAGGGCAUAUUGUUGAAGUCGUUUGCAGGACAAAAUUUCACUAACGCCGCGCCCUUGCCCGAGUUGGCAAAUGAGCGCGCUUCUGAAGCGGACUGGUCGACAUCAAAGUGCAACUCCCCGAUUCCUAAUCAAGGCCAGUGUGGGUCGUGCUGGGCCUUCGCCACCAUCGGGACGGUGGAGACUGCUCACUGCAUUGCCACUGGUGAACUCUUGGACUUGUCUGAGCAACAAUUGGUCAGCUGCUCCAAGAAUGGAGGCAACCGGGGCUGUAAUGGCGGGAUCCCUCCUUCUGCCAUUGACUGGAUGCAAAAAGGCGUGUGCACCGAAGAGUCUUACCCGUACACGUCGGGUAAAGGUGGUCAAACUGGUACCUGCCAAACUAGCUGCACCAAGAAGAAACUGAGCAUUGGCAAAACCAAGCAAACGACCGGCGAGGGUUCGCUCAUGACAGUUCUGGAAAGCCAGACCGCCACUGUGGCCGUCGAAACUGCCAACGCAGUGUGGCGCAACUACAAGAGUGGCGUCGUGUCUCAGUGUCCUGGGGCCCAAUCCGACCACGCUGUGAUUGCCGUCGGCUAUGGUACUUCCACGACCGAUUACUUCAAGAUCAAGAACUCGUGGGGGACGCAAUGGGGCGAGAACGGGUACAUAUACUUGAAGCGAGGAAUGAGUGGUAAGGGAAUGUGCAACGUCGCGGAAUGGAUUUGGUAUCCUGAAUUAAGCGGAUCGUCUCCAACUCCGUCGUCUAACCCGACCCCAUCCUCCAGCCAGCAGCCUACUCAAUCAACCCGCAAACCUUCUUCGUCCGCCCCCAAGCCCUCGACUGACACCCCUAUGACGCCUUCGUCCAGCAAACCCACUUAUCCCACUCGCAGACCGUUCCCUUCUUCGUUCCCCCCCAAACCCGCAACUGACUCGCCUAUGACGCCUUCGUCCAGCAAACCCACUUAUCCCACUCGCAGACCGUUCCCUUCUUCCUUCCCCCCCAAGCCCGCAACUGACUCCCCUAUGCCGCCUUCGUCCAGCAAACCCACUUAUCCCACUCGCAGACCAUUCCCUUCUUCGUUCCCCCCCAAGCCGUCAAAGCACACCCCAAUGACGUCAACUCCUAACCCUUCGAGCAACACCCCUACUACCACCAAACGCCGAUGCACCAAGCGCCCUAAACCGACCAAGAAGCCCAAACCCACGGGACCUUCCCCGUCAUACACCCCUUCCCCCACGAUUGAGCCUUCUUCGACAUAUGUCCCAAAGCCUACAACUCAACCUUCUUCGACAUAUGCCCCAACUCCGUCUGGCAACGGUGUGAAGGACCAACUGAUUGCCCAAACCAACAAAAUUCGCGCGGCCCACGGUAUCGGUCCGCUGACUUGGGAUGAUGAGCUGGAGCCCAAAAUGCGGACUUGGGCCAAAAGCUGCCCUGGCUUUAAGCACGGGGGCCCCGCUGGCUGGCAAAACUUGGCCACCAACACGGCGUGCGGGUCGAGUGGCAAGGACUGCACGAAGGUGGUAGGGGCGUCAUGGUUGUGGUACGACCAAGAAGAAACGUUCUGGAACUACGGCAGCAACUCGUGCAACGGGGGCUGGGCCAAGUGCGGCCACUUCUCCAACAUGAUGAGCCCCGAAGUCAAGUCCAUGGCGUGCGGGUGGUCUGAAUGCGCCAACGGCAACCACGUCUGGUGCAACUACGACACCCCUGUGAAGAGUCCCAAGGUGGGCAAAAUCACAGGCAUGACCAAAGCCGAGCUCAAGGCCAGCUUGACCGCCUAA